GCUGGGAUUAGAGAGUAGAGAUUUGCAACAUUCGGAAAACACAAAAACGUGCCAAGUUUCUUCUCUCUUUCGGUCCAUUCGAAGAAACAAUAAAUACCCAAGAAACGUAGUCAAGAACCACCACCACCACCUCUCCCUCUCUUUCUCGAUUUACAUUCCUCAAAUCUAGUCCUCUCUUUACAAAAAUUUUGACUUUGGGGACAUUUGCGAGAUUUUGUGGUUUCUGAUCUGGGUGGGUUCCAACAAUGCCAUUAUUAAAGAAAAAGGCGUUUCCUUUGUUGGAACCGCCUAAGGACUUGGAUCCUAAUGAGCUUGUAUACCAAGUUCGGUUCACAAAAGAGAUAUUCCGAGAUUAUCAAAUAUAUUUGAACCGGAUAAACUUGUAUCGCCAGAGAAUUUGGACAUGUAAAGUUAGCGGGAAAGGUAACUUGACUUAUGAAGAGGCGUUGGUGUCUGAAAAACAUGCAACUAAGAAGGUUCCAGAGAUACCCAAAGAGCUCAUGGCCAUGGCACUUCACACCAUUCAAUUUAGUAUGCUUUCAUUGAAAGAUCUUGCAGACAAGAUAGCAGCAAAGUUGCAGGAAACUUUGUUUAUAGGAGCCGAAUUACAUGGAAAGAGAGAGAAAAGUGAUCUCUGCCCUUGCAAGAUAUUAAAGGUUCUGGAGGAGGGUACUGUUAAAACUAAAUAUGAGGUAGCAUGGCUUGAUAGGAAUAAGAAAGUAACAGAAACUGCGAUAGUGCACCGAAAUGAUCUGAUAUGGAAGAAAUCUCCUUUCAGUAGGAACAGUUUGAAGCCUUUUAUUCGGAAAUCUACAUACCGAAGUUUUCCUUGGGUGCUUCAUGACAAACUGGCAGAAAAAUAUCGAAUCUCAAGGGAUCCACCACAGGAUUUAAAGGGCAAAGUUUUCAUCCAAGAUGGAAUAGUCUAUAAUAAAAGAAAGAAAGAUGCCACGGAUGUAGAAGAAUCUGGAAAACUUAAAAAGAAGAAAGUGGAAGGUGAGGAAGCUGAGGCAACCGGGAAAGAAGAUAAUCAACAAAAGGAAGAGCCUAUCAAGUAUCCAAUCGAUGAUCUUUUGGUGCAGCCUGGAACAGAUGAUCCAGUCUUUACAGCCCGCCCUUUGCCUUCAAGGGACUUUAAAGUUCCAAUGGAUUGUGUUGGGGAUCUUCUAAUGGUUUGGGAUUUUUGCUCCUCCUUUUGUAAGCUGUUACAUCUGUCGCCGUUCUCUCUUGAAGAAUUUGAAAAUGCCAUUUGCCAUAAGGGCAGUAAUGUGAAUCUAAUUGUGGAAACACAUUCUUCUCUACUUCGGUUAUUAAAACAUGACAAAGAUGAAUAUUUUUCAGCUGUUCAGAAAAGAAUCCGAUCAUUGAAGAUAACAUUAACUAAUUGGACAGAAUAUCUGUGUGAUUUCAUAGAGAUCAUCAAUGUUGGUGAUUUUUCCACUAACAUAACAACAAUUAAGCGGGGGCACUACGGCCUUUUAGAUGCUCAAGUCAAAUUAGGAAUCUUAAGAGAAUUGGUCAAUGAAGUCCUUGAAACAGAUAUUGCGAGGGAGAAGUUGGCUGAAUAUGUUGAAGAGCGGCAGGUACUCUUAGCAACAAAGAGGGGGGAAGCACUGGAGGAGGGCAGGAAAAAAAGAGAAAAGGAACAGUUGAAGGCCAAAUCUGUUGCUAAUGGAGUAAUGAAUGGGCAUGGUGCUGAUAUCAUAGGAAAAAAUCAAACUGUGUUCGCAAAUGGGAAUCACAUUGGCCAGAAUGGGCAGAUCGCUAAAAAGAAGGGAGAGAUCUUCUCAGCCAGACCAAACAAUCCAUCAAAAAGUGAGAGUAGCCGUUCAGACAUUGAAUCAAAGAAAACAGGCAAGAAGAAGAAUAUGAAUGUGGAAGGCCAAGCAGAGAAUGUGAUAGAUUUAACCAAAAGGGAAGCAUUGAUACUUUUGAGGGAUGAAAAAAAUACUGCAGCAAAACGGAGCAGCAAAGAGCAAAGGAGAGAAUAUUUUGAACGUGAGAUAGAGAAACGGAUCCUUCACACCAACCCUCUGGGUAAAGACCGAGAUUAUAACAGGUAUUGGUGGUUCAAGCGUGAUGGGAGGAUGUUUGUUGAGAGUUCUGAUUCCAAGCUAUGGGGCUAUUAUUGUUGCAAGGAAGAGAUUGAUUUAUUGAUGGGCUCAUUGAACCCCAAGGGUGAGAGAGAGAAGGCUCUUCGAAAACAGGUGGAGAAAUUCUACAGCAGAAUAUGCAUGGAACUCCAGAAGAGAUCAAAGGAUUUGGCUAACAGAAUUGCAUUGGAGGAGGCUGUGCAGAGGAGAUCUACUCGUGUUCGGGCUCUACCAAGAGAGAAUCCUGCCAAUGCUUUCCUGAAUUAUGUUAACAAGUGGAAAGAAGACUAACUUGGUUUUACAGUUAUAUUUGAAGUCUCGUCUCUGGUCGAGUUUAGCUGAGGACUUAUACCAAUUUUUUAAGGCCCGAAUGUUGGGAUAUGUGAGAGUAGGAGAUUUUUACAACGUUAUUGCCAAUUCAUUAUUUUGUUGGUCGGAAGCUGUGGAAUCCGGGGGUGAUGAGCGAGGUAGGAGUUACGACUGGGACAGGGGCAGUGGUCUUCAAGAUAACAGGGAUGGAAGAGUUUUUUCUUUGCCUAUUCCCUCGAACAUUUGACAAUCUUGUAGUAGCACUUGCCUCAAUUUUUGUAAAUGGCAUGGUUGCCAUGUGAGACCAUUACUUGUAUUCAUUGUUAUGGGCUCUUGCUGUUA